AUGGAAAGUGGGAGAAUGGGGCGGGGUGAUGGAAAGCGGGAGAAUGGGGCGGGUGAUGGAAAGCGGGUGAAUGGGGCUGGAGAAUGGGCCGGGGUGUUGGAAAGCGGUUUUCCCUCUUUCCAUCACCCCGCCCCAUUCUCCCGCUUUCCAUCACCCCGCCCCAUUCUCCCUCUUCCCAUCACCCCGCCCCAUUCUCCCGCCUUUCAUCACCCCGCCCCAUUCUCCCGCUUUCCAUCACCCCACCCAAUUCUCCUGCUUCCCAUCACCCCGCCCCAUUCUCCCGCCUUCCAUCACCCUGCCCCAUUCUCCCUCUUUCCAUCACCCCGCCCCAUUCUCACGCUUUCCAUCACCCCGCCCCAUUCUCCCUCUUUCCAUCACCCUGCCCCAUUCUCCCGCUUUCCAUCAACCCGCCCCAUUCUCCCUCUAUCCAUCACCCCGCCCAAUUCUCCCACUUUCCAUCACCCCGUCCCAUUCUCCCGUUUUCCAUCACCCCGCCCCAUUCUCUCACUUUCCAUCACCCCGCUUUAUUCUCCCACUUUCCAUCACCCCGCCCCAUUCUCCCAAUUUCCAUCACCCCGCCCCAUUCUCCCGCUUUCCAUCACCCCGCCCCAUUCUCCUGCUUUCCAACAGCCCGCCCCAUUCUCCCACUUUCCAUCACCUCUCCCCAUUCUCCCUCUUUCCAUCACCCCGCCCCAUUCUCCUGCUUUCUAUCACUCCGCCCCAUUCUCGCUCUUUCCAUCACCCCGCCCCAUUCUCCCGCCUUCCAUCACCCCGCCCCAUUCUCCAUCUUUCCAUCACCCUCCUCAAUUCUCCCGCUUUCCAUCACCCCGCCCCAUUCUCCCGCCUUCCAUCACCCCACCCCAUUCUCCAUCUUUCCAUCACCCCGCCCCAUUCUCCCGCUUUCCAUCACCCCGCCCCAUUCUCCCGCUUUCCAUCACCCCGCCCCAUUCUCCCGCUUUCUAUAACCCCACCCCAUUCUCCCGCUUUCCAUCACCCCGCCCCAUUCUCCCGCUUUCCAUCACCCCGCCCCAUUCUCCCGCUUUCCAUCACCCCGCCCCAUUCUCCCGCUUUCCAUCACCCCGCCCCAUUCUCCCGCUUUCCAUCACCCCGUCCCGUUCUCUCGCUUUCCAUCACCCCGGCCCAUUCUCCCGCUUUCUAUCACCCCGCCCGCUCCAUUCUCCCGCUUUCCAUCACCCCGCCCAAUUCUCCCACUUUCCAUCACCCCUCCCCAUUCUCCCUCUUCCCAUCACCCCGCCCCAUUCUCCCUCUUUCCAUCACCCUGCCCCAUUCUCCCGCCUUUCAUCACCCCGCCCCAUUCUCCCGCCUUUCAUCACCCCGCCCCAUUCUCCCGCUUUCCAUCACCCCUCCCAAUUCUCCCGCUUUCCAUCACCCCGCCCCAUUCUCCCACUUUCCAUCACCCCGCCCCAUUCUCCCUCUUUCCAUCACCCAGCCCCAUUCUCUCGCUUUCCAUCACCCCGCCUCAUUCUCCCUCUUUCCAUCACCCCGCCCCAUUCUCCCUCUUUCCAUCACCCCGCCCCAUUCUCCCACUUUCUAUCACCGCGCGCCAUUUUCCCUCUUUCCAUCACCCCGCCCCAUUCUCCCGCUUUCCAUCACCCUGCCCCAUUCUCUCGCUUUUUAUCAUCCCGCUCCAUUGUCCCGCUUUUCAUCACCCCGCCCAAUUCUCCCUCUUUCCAUCACCCCUCCCCAUUAUCCCUUUUUCCAUCACCUCGCCCCAUUCUCCCGCUUUCCAUCACCCCGCCCCAUUCUCCCUCUUUCCAUCACCCCGCCCCAUUCUCCCUCUUUCCAUCACCCCGCCCCAUUCUCCCGCUUUCCAUCACCUCGACCAAUUCUCCCUCUUUCCAUCACCCCGACCCAUUCUCCCUCUUUCCAUCACCCUGCCCCAUUCUCCCUCUAUCCAUCACCCCACCCAAUUCUCCCGCUUUCCAUCACCCCGUCCCACUCUCCCGCUUUCCAUCACCCCACCCCAUCCUCCCCUCUUUCCAUCACCCCGCCCCAUCCUCCCCUCUUUCCAUCACCCCGCCCCAUUCUCCCGAUUUUUAUCACCCCGCCCCAUUCUCCCUCUUUCCAUCACCCCGCCCCAUUCUCCCGCUUUCCAUCACCCCGCCCCAUUCUCCCUCUUUCCAUCACCCCGCCCCAUUCUCCCUCUUUCCAUCACCCCGCCCCGUUCUCCCGCUUUCCACCACCCCGCCCCAUUCUCCCUCUUUCCAUAACCCCGCCCCAUUCUCCCGCUUUCCAUCACCCCGCCCCAUUCUCCCUCUUUCCAUCACCCCGCCCCGUUCUCCCGCUUUCCAUCACCCCGCCCCAUUCUCCCGCUUUCCAUCACCCCGCCCCAUUCUCCUGCUUUCCAUCACCCCGCCCCAUUCUCCCUCUUCCCAUCACCCCGCCCCAUUCUCUCGCUUUCUAUCACCUCGCCCCAUUCUCCCGCUUUUCAUCACCCCGCCCCAUUCUCCCGCUUUCCAUCACCCCGUCCUAUUCUCCCUCUUUCCAUCAUCCCGCCCCAUUCUCCCGCUUUCCAUCACCCCGCCCCAUUCUUCCUCUUUCCAUCUCCCCGCCCCAUUCUCCCUCUUUCCAUCACCCCGCCCCAUUCUCCCGCUUUCCAUCACCCCGCCCCAUUCUCCCUCUUUCCAUCACCCCGCCCCAUUCUCCCACUUUCCAUCACCCCGCCCCAUUCUCCCUCUUCCCAUCACCCCGCCCCAUUCUCUCGCUUUCCAUCACCCCGCCCCAUUCUCCCGCUUUUCAUCACCCCGCACCAUUCUCCCGCUUUCCAUCACCCCGUCCCAUUCUUCCUCUUUCCAUCACCCCGCCCCAUUCUCCCCCUUUCCAUCACCCUGCCCCAUUCUUCCUCUUUCCAUCUCCCCGCCCCAUUCUCCCUCUUUCCAUCACCCCGCCCCAUUCUCCCUCUUUCCAUCACCCUGCCCCAUUCUCCCACUUUCCAUCACCCCGCCCCAUUCUCCAUCUUUACAUCACCCCGCCCCACUCUCCCGCCUUCCAUCACCCCGCCCCAUUCUCCAUCUUUCCAUCACCCUGCCCAAUUCUCCCGCCUUCCAUCACCCCACCCCAUUCUCCCGUCUUCCAUCACCCCGCCCCAUUCUCCCUCUUUCCAUCACCCUGACCCAUUCUCCCGCUUUCCAUCACCCCGCCCCAUUCUCCCUCUUUCCAUCACCCCGCCCCAUUCUCCCUCUUUCCAUCACCCCGACCCAUUCUCCCGCUUUCCAUCACCCCGCCCCAUUCUCCCGCUUUCCAUCACCCCGCCCCAUUCUCCCGCUUUCCAUCACCCCGCCCCAUUCUCCCUCUUUCCAUCACCCCGCCCCAUUCUCCCGCUUUCCAUCACCCCGCCCCAUUCUCCCUCUUUCCAUCUCCCCGUCCCAUUCUCCCUCUUUCCAUCACCCCGCCCCAUUCUCCCUCUUUCCAUCACCGCGCCCCAUUCUCCAGCUUUCCGUCACCCCGCCCCAUUCUCCCUCUUUCCAUCACCCCGCCCCAUUCUCCCUCUUUCCAUCACCCCGACCCAUUCUCCCGCUUUCCAUCACCCCGCCCCAUUCUCCCUCUUUCCAUCACCCCGCCCCAUUCUCCCGCUUUCCAUCACCCCGCCCCAUUCUCCCGCUUUCCAUCACCCCGCGCCAUUUAACCUCUUUCCAUCACCCGCCCCAUUCUCCCGCUUUCCAUCACUCCGCCCCAUUCUCCCGCUUUCCAUCACUCCGCCCCAUUCUCCCGCUUUCCAUCACCCGUCUCCAUUGUCCCGCUUUCCAUCACCCCGCCAAUAUCUCCCUCUUUCUAUCACCCCUUCCCAUUCUCCCUCUUUCCAUCACCCCGCCCCAUUCUCCUGCUUUCCAUCACCCAACCCCAUUCUCCCGUCUUCCAUCACCCCUCCCCAUUAUCCCUUUUUCCAUCACCCCGCCCCAUUCUCCCGCUUUCCAUCACCCCGCCCCAUUCUCCCGCUUUCAAUUACCCCCUUUCUGUCACCCCGCCCCAUUCUCCCUCUUUCCAUCACCCCGCCCCAUUCUCCCUCUUUCCAUCACCCCGACCCAUUCUCCCGCUUUCCAUCACCCCGCCCCAUUCUCCCUCUUUCCAUCACCCCGCCCCAUUCUCCCUCUUUCCAUCACCCCGCCCCAUUCUCCCGCUUUCCAUCACCCCGCGCCAUUUAACCUCUUUCCAUCACCCGCCCCAUUCUCUCGCUUUCCAUCACUCCGCCCCAUUCUCCCGCUUUCCAUCACUCCGCCCCAUUCUCCCGCUUUCCAUCACCUGGCUCCAUUGUCCCGCUUUCCAUCACCCCGCCCAAUUCUCCCUCUUUCUAUCACCCCUUCCCAUUCUCCCUCUUUCCAUCACCCCGCCCCAUUCUCCCGCCUUCCAUCACCCCACCCCAUUCUCCCGUCUUCCAUCAUCCCGCCCCAUUCUCCCUCUUUCCAUCACCCUGACCCAUUCUCCCGCUUUCCAUCACCCCGCCCCAUUCUCCCUCUUUCCAUCACCCCGCCCCAUUCUCCCUCUUUCCAUCACCCCGCCCCAUUCUCCCGCUUUCCAUCACCCCGCCCCAUUCUCCCUCUUUCCAUCACCCCGACCCAUUCUCCCGCUUUCCAUCACCCCGCCCCAUUCUCCCGCUUUCCAUCACCCCGCCCCAUUCUCCCGCUUUCCAUCACCCCGCCCCAUUCUCCCUCUUUCCAUCACCCUGCCCCAUUCUCCCUCUUUCCAUUUCCCCGCCCCAUUCUCCUGCUUUCCAUCACCCCGGCCCAUUCUCCCUCUUUCCAUCACCCCGCCCCAUUCUCCUGCUUUCCAUCACCGCGCCCCAUUCUCCAGCUUUCCGUCACCCCGCCCCAUUCUCCCUCUUUCCAUCACCCCGCCCCAUUCUCCCUCUUUCCAUCACCCCGACCCAUUCUCCCGCUUUCCAUCACCCCGCCCCAUUCUCCCUCUUUCCAUCACCCCGCCCCAUUCUCCCUCUUUCCAUCACCCCGCCCCAUUCUCCCGCUUUCCAUCACCCCGCGCCAUUUAACCUCUUCCCAUCACCCGCCCCAUUCUCCCGCUUUCCAUCACUCCGCCCCAUUCUUCCGCUUUCCAUCACUCCGCCCCAUUCUUCCGCUUUCCAUCACCCGUCUCCAUUGUCCCGCUUUCCAUCACCCCGCCCCAUUCUCCCGCUUUCCAUCACCCCGCCCCAUUCUCCUGCUUUCCAUCACCCCGCCCCAUUCUCCCGUCUUCCAUCACCCCUCCCCAUUAUCCCUUUUUCCAUCACCCCGCCCCAUUCUCCCGCUUUCCAUCACCCCGCCCCAUUCUCCCGCUUUCAAUUACCCCCUUUCUCUCACCCCGCCCCAUUCUCCCUCUUUCCAUCACCCCGCCCCAUUCUCCCUCUUUCCAUCACCCCGACCUAUUCUCCCGCUUUCCAUCACCCCGCCCCAUUCUCCCUCUUUCCAUCACCCCGCCCCAUUCUCCCUCUUUCCAUCACCCCGCCCCAUUCUCCCGCUUUCCAUCACCCCGCGCCAUUUAACCUCUUUCCAUCACCCGCCCCAUUCUCCCGCUUUCCAUCACUCCGCCCCAUUCUCCCGCUUUCCAUCACUCCGCCCCAUUCUCCCGCUUUCCAUCACCCGGCUCCAUUGUCCCGCUUUCCAUCACCCCGCCCAAUUCUCCCUCUUUCUAUCACCCCUUCCCAUCCUCCCUCUUUCCAUCACCCCGCCCCAUUCUCCUGCUUUCCAUCACCCCGCCCCAUUCUCCCUCUUUCCAUCACCCUGCCCCAUUCUUCCUCUUUCCAUUUCCCCGCCCCAUUCUCCUGCCUUCCAUCACCCCGGCCCAUUCUCCCUCUUUCCAUCACCCCGCCCCAUUCUCCUGCUUUCCAUCACCCCGCUCCAUUCUCCCGCUUUCCAUCACCGCGCCCAAUUCUCCCGCUUUCCAUCACCCCUCUCCAUUCUCCCUCUUUCCAUCUCCCCGCCCCAUUCUCCUUCUUUCCAUCAACCCAUCCCAUUCUCCCUCUUUCCGUCACCCAACCCCAUUCUCCCUGUUUCCAUCACCUCGCCCCAUUCUCCCUCUUUCCAUCACCCCGCCCCAUUCUUCCUGUUUCCAUCACCUCGCCCCAUUCUCUCGCUUUCCAUCACCCCUCCCUAUUCUCCCUCUUUCAAUCACCCCGCCCCAUUCUCCCGCUUUCCAUCACCCCGCCCCAUUCUCCCUCUUUCCAUCACCCCGCCCUAUUCUCCCUCUUUCCAUCACCCUGCCCCAUUCUCCCGCCUUCCAUCACCCCGCCCCAUUCUCCCUCUUUCCAUCACCCCGCUCCAUUCUCCCGCUUUCCAUCACCCCGCCCCAUUCUUCCGCUUUCCAUCACCCCGCUCCAUUCUCCCGCUUUCCAUCACCCCGCCCCAUUCUCCCGCUUUCCAUCACCCCGCCCCAUUCUCCCUCUUUCCAUCACCUCGCCCCAUUCUCCCACUUUCCAUCACCCCGUCCCAUUCUCCCGCUUUCCAUAACCACGCUCCAUUCUCCCGCUUUCCAUCACCCCGCCCAAUUCUCCCUCUUUCCAUCACCCCUCCCUAUUCUCCCUCUUUCCAUCACCCUGCCCCAUUCUCUCGCUUUCCAUCACCCCGCCCCAUUCUCCCGCUUUCCAUCACCCCGCCCCAUUCUCCCGCUUUCCAUCACCCCGCCCCAUUCUCUCGCUUUCCAUCACCCCGCCCAAUUCUCCCUCUUUCCAUCACCCCGCCCCGUUCUCCUGCUUUCCAUCACCCCGCCCCGUUCUCCCGCUUACCAUCACCCCGCCCCAUUCUCCCUCUUUCUAUCACCCCGCCCCGUUCUCCCGCUUUCCAUCACCCCGCCCCGUUCUCCCGCUUUCCAUCACCCCGCCCCAUUCUCCCCCUUUCCAUCACCCCGCCCCAUUCUCCCCCUUUCCAUCACCCGCCCCAUUCUCCCUCUUUCUAUCAGCCCGCCCCAUUCUCCCUCUUUCCAUCACCCCGCCCCAUUCUCCCGCUUUCCAUCACCCCGCCCCAUUCUCCCGCUUUCCAUCACCCCACCCCAUUCUCCCUCUUUCCAUCACCCUGCCCCAUUCUCCCUCUAUCCAUCACCCCGCCCAACUCUCCCGCUUUCCAUCUCCCCGUCCCAUUCUCCCGCUUUCCAUCACCCCGCCCCAUUCUUUUGCUUUCCAUCACUCCACCCCAUCCUCCUUCUUUCCAUCACCCCGCCCCAUUCUCCCGAUUUCCAUCACCCCGCCCCGUUCCCCCGCUUUCCAUCACCCCGCCCCAUUCUCCCGCUUUCCAUCAUCCCGCCCCAUUCUCCCGCUUUCCAUCACCCCGCCCCAUUCUCCCUCUUUCCAUCACCCCGCCCCAUUCUUCCUCUUUCCAUCACCCCGCCCCAUUCUCCCGAUUUCCAUCACCCCGCCCCAUUCUCCCAAUUUCCAUCACCCCGCCCCAUUCUCCCUCUUUCCAUCACCCCGCCCCAUUCUCCCUCUUUCCAUCACCCCGCCCCACUCUCCCGCCUUCCAUCACCCCGCCCAAUUCUCCCUCUUUCCAUCACCCCGCCCCAUUCUCCAUCUUUCCAUCACCCCGCCCCAUUCUCCCGCUUUCCAUCACCCCGCCCCAUUCUCCCUCUUUCCAUCACCCCGCGCCAUUCUCCCUCUUUCCAUCACCCCGCCCCAUUCUCCCGCUUUCCAUCACCCCGCGCCAUUUUCCCUCUUUCCAUCACCCCGCCCCAUUCUCCCGCUUUCCAUCACCCCGCCCCAUUCUCUCGCUUUCCAUCAUCCCGCUCCAUUGUCCCGCUUUCCAUCACCCCGCCCAAUUCUCCCUCUUUCCAUCACCCCUCCCCAUUCUCCCUUUUUCCAUCACCCCGCCCCAUUCUCCCGCUUUCCAUCACCCCUUCCCAUUCUCCCUCUUUCCAUCACCUCGCCCCAUUCUCCUGCUUUCCAUCACCCCGCCCCAUUCUCCCUCUUUCCAUCACCCUGCCCCAUUCUCCCUCUUUCCAUUUCCCCGCCCCAUUCUCCUGCUUUCCAUCACCCCGGCCCAUUCUCCCUCUUUCCAUCACCCCGCCCCAUUCUCCUGCUUUCCAUCACCCCGCUCCAUUCUCCCGCUUUCCAUCACCCGCCCAAUUCUCCCGCUUUCCAUCACCCCUCUCUAUUCUCCCUCUUUCAAUCUCCCCGCCCCAUUCUCCUUCUUUCCAUCAACCCAUCCCAUUCUCCCUCUUUCCGUCACCCAACCCCAUUCUCCCUGUUUCCAUCACCUCGCCCCAUUCUCCCUCUUUCCAUCACCCCGCCCCAUUCUUCCUGUUUCCAUCACCUCGCCCCAUUCUCUCGCUUUCCAUCACCCUCCCUAUUCUCCCUCUUUCCAUCACCCCGCCCCAUUCUCCCGCUUUCCAUCACCCCGCCCCAUUCUCCCUCUUUCCAUCACCCCGCCCCAUUCUCCCUCUUUCCAUCACCCCGCCCCAUUCUCCCGCCUUCCAUCACCCUGCCCCAUUCUCCCUCUUUCCAUCACCCCGCUCCAUUCUCCCGCUUGUCAUCACCCCGCCCCAUUCUUCCGCUUUCCAUCACCCCGCUCCAUUCUCCCGCUUUCCAUCACCCCGCCCCAUUCUCCCGCUUUCCAUCACCCCGCCCCAUUCUCCCUCUUUCCAUCACCUCGCCCCAUUCUCCCACUUUCCAUCACCCCGUCCCAUUCUCCCGCUUUCCAUCACCACGCUCCAUUCUCCCGCUUUCCAUCACCCCGCCCAAUUCUCCCUCUUUCCAUCACCCCUCCCUAUUCUCCCUCUUUCCAUCACCCGCCCCAUUCUCCCUCUUUCUAUCAGCCCGCCCCAUUCUCCCUCUUUCCAUCACCCCGCCCCAUUCUCCCGCUUUCCAUCACCCCGCCCCAUUCUCCCGCUUUCCAUCACCCCACCCCAUUCUCCCUCUUUCCAUCACCCUGCCCCAUUCUCCCUCUAUCCAUCACCCCGCCCAACUCUCCCGCUUUCCAUCACCCCGUCCCAUUCUCCCGCUUUCCAUCACCCCGCCCCAUUCUUUUGCUUUCCAUCACUCCACCCCAUCCUCCCUCUUUCCAUCACCCCGCCCCAUUCUCCCGAUUUCCAUCACCCCGCCCCGUUCCCCCGCUUUCCAUCACCCCGCCCCAUUCUCCCGCUUUCCAUCAUCCCGCCCCAUUCUCCCGCUUUCCAUCACCCCGCCCCAUUCUCCCUCUUUCCAUCACCCCGCCCCAUUCUUCCUCUUUCCAUCACCCCGCCCCAUUCUCCCGAUUUCCAUCACCCCGCCCCAUUCUCCCAAUUUCCAUCACCCCGCCCCAUUCUCCCUCUUUCCAUCACCCCGCCCCAUUCUCCCUCUUUCCAUCACCCCGCCCCACUCUCCCGCCUUCAAUCACCCCGCCCAAUUCUCCCUCUUUCCAUCACCCCGCCCCAUUCUCCAUCUUUCCAUCACCCCGCCCCAUUCUCCCGCUUUCCAUCACCCCGCCCCAUUCUCCCUCUUUCCAUCACCCCGCGCCAUUCUCCCUCUUUCCAUCACCCCGCCCCAUUCUCCCGCUUUCCAUCACCCCGCGCCAUUUUCCCUCUUUCCAUCACCCCGCCCCAUUCUCCCGCUUUCCAUCACCCCGCCCCAUUCUCUCGCUUUCCAUCAUCCCGCUCCAUUGUCCCGCUUUCCAUCACCCCGCCCAAUUCUCCCUCUUUCCAUCACCCCUCCCCAUUCUCCCUUUUUCCAUCACCCCGCCCCAUUCUCCCGCUUUCCAUCACCCCUUCCCAUUCUCCCUCUUUCCAUCACCUCGCCCCAUUCUCCUGCUUUCCAUCACCCCGCCCCAUUCUCCCUCUUUCCAUCACCCUGCCCCAUUCUCCCUCUUUCCAUUUCCCCGCCCCAUUCUCCUGCUUUCCAUCACCCCGGCCCAUUCUCCCUCUUUCCAUCACCCCGCCCCAUUCUCCUGCUUUCCAUCACCCCGCUCCAUUCUCCCGCUUUCCAUCACCCGCCCAAUUCUCCCGCUUUCCAUCACCCCUCUCCAUUCUCCCUCUUUCAAUCUCCCCGCCCCAUUCUCCUUCUUUCCAUCAACCCAUCCCAUUCUCCCUCUUUCCGUCACCCAACCCCAUUCUCCCUGUUUCCAUCACCUCGCCCCAUUCUCCCUCUUUCCAUCACCCCGCCCCAUUCUUCCUGUUUCCAUCACCUGGCCCCAUUCUCUCGCUUUCCAUCACCCUCCCUAUUCUCCCUCUUUCCAUCAGCCCGCCCCAUUCUCCCGCUUUCCAUCACCCCGCCCCAUUCUCCCUCUUUCCAUCACCCCGCCCCAUUCUCCCUCUUUCCAUCACCCCGCCCCAUUCUCCCGCCUUCCAUCACCCUGCCCCAUUCUCCCUCUUUCCAUCACCCCGCUCCAUUCUCCCGCUUGUCAUCACCCCGCCCCAUUCUUCCGCUUUCCAUCACCCCGCUCCAUUCUCCCGCUUUCCAUCACCCCGCCCAAUUCUCCCUCUUUCCAUCACCCCUCCCUAUUCUCCCUCUUUCCAUCACCCUGCCCCAUUCUCCCGCUUUCCAUCACCCCGCCCCAUUCUCCCGCUUUCCAUCACCCCGCCCCAUUCUCCCGCUUUCCAUCACCCCGCCCCAUUCUCUCGCUUUCCAUCAUCCCGCUCCAUUGUCCCGCUUUCCAUCACCCCGCCCAAUUCUCCCUCUUUCCAUCACCCCUCCCCAUUCUCCCUUUUUCCAUCACCCCGCCCCAUUCUCCCGCUUUCCAUCACCCCGCCCCAUUCUCCCUCUUUCCAUCACCCCGCCCCACUCUCCCGCCUUCCAUCAACCCGCCCAAUUCUCCCUUUUUCCAUCACCCCGCCCCAUUCUCCCUCUUUCCAUCACCCCGCCCCAUUCUUCCGCUUUCCAUCACCCCGCCCCAUUCUCCUUCUUUCCAUCACCCGCCCCAUUCUCCCUCUUUCCAUCACCCUGCCCCAUUCUCCCUCUUUCCAUCACCCCGCCCCACUCUCCCGCCUUCCAUCACCCCGCCCAAUUCUCCCUCUUUCCAUCACCCCGCCCCAUUCUCCCUCUUUCCAUCAACCCGCCCCAUUCUCCCGCUUUCCAUCACCCCGCCCCAUUCUCCCUCUUUCCAUCACCCCGCCCCAUUCUCCCUCUUUCCAUCACCCCGCCCUAUUCUCCCGCUUUCCAUCACCCCGCGCCAUUUUCCCUCUUUCCAUCACCCCGCCCCAUUCUCCCGCUUUCCAUCACCCCGCCCCAUUCUCUCGCUUUCCAUCAUCCCGCUCCAUUGUCCCGCUUUCCAUCAACCCGCCCAAUUCUCCCUCUUUCCAUCACCCCUCCCCAUUCUCCCUUUUUCCAUCACCCCGCCCCAUUCUCCCGCUUUCCAUCACCCCGCCCCAUUCUCCCUCUUUCCAUCACCCCGCCCCACUCUCCCGCCUUCCAUCAACCCGCCCAAUUCUCCCUUUUUCCAUCACCCCGCCCCAUUCUCCCUCUUUCCAUCACCCCGCCCCAUUCUCCCGCUUUCCAUCACCCCGCCCCAUUCUCCUUCUUUCCAUCACCCCGCCCCAUUCUCCCUCUUUCCAUCACCCCGCCCCAUUCUCCCGCUUUCCAUCACCCCGCGCCAUUUUCCCUCUUUCCAUCACCCCGCCCCAUUCUCCCGCUUUCCAUCACCCCGCCCCAUUCUCUCGCUUUCCAUCAUCCCGCUCCAUUGUCCCGCUUUCCAUCACCCCGCCCAAUUCUCACUUUUUCCAUCACCCCUCCCCAUUCUCCCCUUUUCCAUCACCCCGCCCCAUUCUCCCGCUUUCCAUCACCCCGCCCCAUUCUCCCUCUUUCCAUCACCCCGCCCCAUUCUCCCUCUUUCCAUCACCCCGCCCCAUUCUCCCGCUUUCCAUCACCCCGCCCCAUUCUACCGCUUUCCGUCACCCCACCCCAUUCUCCCUCUGUCCAUCACCCCGCCCCAUUCUCCCUCUUUCCAUCACCCCGCCCCAUUCUCCCGCUUUCCAUCACCCCACCCCAUUCUCCCUCUUUCCUUCACCCCGCCCCAUUCUCCCUCUUUCCAUCACCCCGCCCCAUUCUCCCGAUUUCCAUCACCCCGCGCCAUUUUCCCUCUUUCCAUCACCCCACCCCAUUCUCCCACUUUCCAUCACCCUGCCCCAUUCUCCCUCUAUCCAUCACCCCGCCCAAUUCUCCCGCUUUCCAUCACCCCGUGCCAUUCUCCCGCUUUCCAUCACCCCGCCCCAUUCUCCCUCUUUCCAUCACCCCGCCCCAUUCUCCCGCUUUCCAUGACCCCGCCCCAUUCUCCCGCUUUCCAUCACCCCGCUCCAUCCUCCCGCUUUCCAUCACCCCGCCCAAUUCUCCCUCUUUCCAUCACCCCUCCCCAUUCUCCCUCUUUCCAUCAGCCCGCACCAUUCUCCUGCUUUCCAUCACCCCGCCCCAUUCUACCACUUUCCAUCACCCCACCCCAUUCUCCCGCUUUCCAUCACCCCGCUCCAUUCUCCCGCUCUCCAUCACCCCACCCAAUUGUCCCGAUUUGCAUCACCCCGCCCCAUUCUCCCGCUUUCCAUCACCCCGCCCCAUUCUCCCUCUUUCCAUCACCUUGCCCCGUUCUCCCGCUUUCCAUCACCCCGCCCCAUUCACCCUCUUUCCAUCAGCCCGCCCCAUUCUCUCGCUUUCCAUCACCCCGCCCCAUUCUCCCUCUUUCCAUCAUCCCUCCCCAUUCUCCCGCUUUCCAUCACCCCGCCUCAUUCUCCCUCUAUCCAUCACCCCGCCCCAUUCUACCACUUUCCAUCACCCCGCCCCAUUCUCCCGCUUUUCAUCACCCCGCCCCAUUCUCCCGCUUUCCAUCACCCCGCCCCAUUCUCCCAUCACCCCGCCCCAUUCUCCCGCUUUCCAUCACCACGCCCCAUUCUCCCGCUUUCCAUCACCCCACCCCACUCUCCCGCUUUCCAUCACUCCGCCCCAUUCUCCCGCUUUCCAUCACCCCGCCCCAUUCUCCCGCUUUCCAUCACCCCGCCCCAUUCUUCUCCUUCCAUCACCCCGCCUCAUUCUACCUCCUUCCAUCACCCCGCCCCAUUCUCCCGCUUUCUAUCACCCCGCCCAAUUCUCCCGCUUUCCAUCACCCCGCCCCAUUCUCCCGCUUUCCAUCACCACGCCCCAUUCUCCCGCUUUCCAUCACCCCGCCCCAUUCUCCCUCCUUCCAUCACUAUGCCCCAUUCUCCCGCUUUCCGUCACCCCGCCCCAUUCUCCCGCUUUCCAUAACCCCGCCCCAUUCUCCCGCUUUCCAUCAACCCUCCACAAUCUCCCACUUUCCAUCACCCCGCCCCAUUCUCCCUCCUUCCAUCGCCCCGCCCCAUUCUUCCGCUUUCCAUCACCCCGCCCCAUUCUCCCUCCUUUGA